AUGCCCCUUUCAACACCGUACCAUCCUUUCGCCCUCGUCGCCGACGGGCUGGUCUUCCUGCCGACACCGUCCGCCGCGCAUGUCCGCCCUUACCGCACCCUCUUCCGCAAGCUCCACGCCGACCCAGCCUUUUGCCUUAUCGCUUUUGGGGAGCUGUUUCAGCCGGUGGUCUGGAGCGACGAUGAGGUUCACGAGUUCUUGCUGAAGCGCGACGCCGCGCUGCGAUGGGGCGUACGGGGCAUGGGCGACUUCGCGCUCGGAGUCCUUCCCGAGGACGACGACGUCAAGUCGGCAUUCGACCCGGCUCAAUCACGGCAGCUAAAAGACUCAAAAGUGGACAUAUGCAUCGUCGAAGGACAGCAGUUCGAGUCCCUAUCGCAAUUAUUUGCCCGGAUUGAAUGGGCGGGCUACACCUGCGUCCGCGACGCAACGACCACCAGCGCCGCCGAGUUGUACGCAAACGGAGGCCUCGACUCCAACGGCGAGGCGCUCCCCCAUUGGCAAGAAAUGAUUGAACUGCGCUACGGGUUGGACUCGGCGUUUCGCGGCCGUGGCUUCGCAACUCGUGCCGCCGAGGUGGUCAUGGCGUGGGCUGUGGAGGAGCAUGGAGCGCGUCGCUUCAUCGCCGACACGCACAAGGCCAACAGCAGGAGCAAGCAGGUCCUCAGUAGGCUGGGAUUCCAAGUCAGCGACACGAACUAUUUUCAAGACGAGGGCGUCAUUGAGUGGUUGAGGGUGGUCAACUAG